GAAGCCGCAGCGCCCCCUGCCGGUGAAACAGCGUAGCUGCAGUUCAUCAUCUUCAUCCUCCUCAUCGCUGUAGUCCGAGAGCAGGACAAAUACCCCCAACGGUGAAGCUACUCUUUUGCCUGUAGUGGACGGUGAAGCUGCAGCCCUGCAUCCCAAACAGGAGGACGAGCUUUUCAUCAUGAGCUGCGACAUAGAAGGAGACAUGGAGAACCGGGUGGAGCUGGAGGAGAAGACGAGGCUGAUCAAUCAGGUUUUGGAACUCCAGCACACCCUGGAAGACCUGUCGGCGCGGGUCGACGCCGUCAAAGAGGAGAACCUGAAGCUGAAGUCGGAGAACCAAGUCCUCGGUCAGUACAUCGAGAACCUCAUGUCGGCCUCCAGCGUCUUCCAGGCGACCGACAACAAGGCCAAGCGGAAGUGAGCCGGCCGACCUCGCAGGACGCCUGACGUCCCCGGUGGCAGCUGGGAGAGGAACGCCACCGCGGAGAUGUGGAGACGGGUUUGUUUUCUCAGGAGAACCAGAGCUUUCUGUAACGUUCGUUUACUCCAGACAGAACUAACUAUGUUAACGUCACUCAUCCCGCCGGCUCAGAAAUAAACGCUAACCUGACCCUCCGUCCUCCUCUCCACGCGGCAGACGGCCACCCACGGUGGCCAAGGGUCGUUUGAGUUUUACUGACGCCGGCAAGUGUUUGUAAAGUCAUCCUGGGUGUUUUCAGAUUUCUGUUUUUGACGACCGUGUGAUCUCCCGUGGACUUAUUUCAGCGUUAUGUUCUACUUCGGAAAUGUCUCGGCUCUGGUUCAUGCUUCUUAUUUUGUGGCGUAUUUAGGGGGACGGCUGGAUCUUUGGUUUGUGUCGGGUCUCGUGUUUAUCAGAACCGGAGCGCAGGUAAAACCAAACAGUGUUAAAUAGAGCGACACACGUACUUGAUGGCAUGUAUUACAAAUAUGUUAAGCGUCUGUGUGAUAGAUGACUGUGUCUAAAUCAAUAUUCACUGGAACAUGUACAGUAGAGUAACUGAAAACUUUCUAAUAUGCUUGAUGUAUAAAGUAAAAGCACAUAAACUGAA